CAAAAUGGUGCGACUUGUGUACAUAGUCUUGGUCUUGGUUCUUCCGGUGUUGACAUUGACCCUCUUGAACAAACACAGAACCGCCAAGAACCGUCGUCCACCGGGUCCUCGAGGCCUUCCCAUGAUUGGCAACCUUCACCAACUGGACACUUCAAAUCUGAAUUUCCAACUGUGGCAGUUCUCAAAGAGGCACGGUCCCCUUUUCUCCCUCCAACUUGGGUUCAAGCGAGCCAUAGUGGUUUCCUCUCCCAAACUAGCCAAAGAGCUCCUCAAAGACCACGAUCUUGACGUCUGCGCAAGGCCCACCUCGCUUGGCUCCCUCAAACUGUCCUACAACGCUUUGGAGCUCGUUGUCUGUCCCUACAGCGACCACUGGAGAGAACUCAGAAAACUCUGCGUGGUCAAUUUCUUCGGCUCCAAACCCAUCUCCACCUUUUCCCACGUAAGAAAAUCCGAGGUGAAGCAAAUGAUCGAGGUCAUAUCCGGCCACGUGGGUUCCUCAAAGACAACGAACUUGAGUGAGGUUAUCGUGUCGGUUUCAAGUGCUAUCAUAUGUAGGGUUGCCUUCGGGAGGAAGUACGAUGAGGAGGGUGCUGCGAGAAGCAGGUUCCACUGGCUGCUUAAUGAGACGCAGGCUAUGUUCAUUUCCUUUUCUGUGAAACCAAAUGAAGAGAAGAAUAAGGAUGUUGUGGAUGUGUUGCUUGAGUUGAAGAAGGAGGGUCACUUGUCUAUAGACCUCACUCAUGAUCAAAUCAAAGCUAUUAUCUUGGACAUACUCGUAGGAGGUACUGAUACAACCGCAGCCACAUGCGUGUGGGUUAUGACAGGAUUGAUGAAGAACCCAAGAGCAAUGGCCAAAGCUCAAGAAGAAAUUAGAAAUGUGUGUGGCAACAAAGAGUUCAUAGAGGAAGAGGAUGUUGAAAAGCUUGUAUAUCUGAAAGCAGUGCUAAAAGAGACACUGAGGUAUUAUGCACCAACUCCACUGCUACCAAGAGAAGCCAUAAGAAGUUUCACAAUAGAUGGGUAUGAGAUAGAAGCCAAGACAAUAGUGUAUGUGAAUGGUUGGGCCAUUCAGAGAGACCCUGAAGCUUGGAAAGACCCAGAAGAAUUUUAUCCAGAGAGAUUCUUGAACAAUGAGAUAGAUUUCAAGGGACAAGAUUUUGAGCUGCUUCCGUUUGGUGCAGGGCGUAGAAUUUGCCCAGGCAUGUCACUAGGAAUGGUCACAGUGGAACUCAUAACUGCAAACCUUCUUAAUUCUUUCCAAUGGGAAAUGCCUGUGGGGAUGAAACCUGAACACAUAGACUCUCAGGGCCUUCCAGGACUUGCACGACACAAGAAGAAUCAUCUUUGCCUUGUUGCCAAGAAACGUGUGUGAAUGUGGCAAGAGCGUUUACUGCAAUAAAGUCAUUCUAGUUUGGCCUCUGAUUCCGAUUGUCCAAAAUGUAUCACCAAGGAGUUUCGAACAUACGAGAAUCAUGCUCUAGUUAUCUGCCUUUCUAAAAUAAAAAUCAAGAGGUAGCAACCUAACUAGUAAAACUCAACUUGAUUUCAAUGGACUUGAAUUUUGAAAUUGAAUUUA